AUGACGCUCGUCCCGGACUUUGAUAUCUCCACGAUCAAAGUCUCCGAGCCAGACGACCUCCAUCACCUUGUCAGCAGCGCGGUGAGAAGGACUUACACGUACCGCGCCGAACGCUCGCGGCCCGCGAAACCGUCGGGGGGCGGAGGUGCGCCGGACAAGCUGUCCCAGGGCGCCACCAAGAGCGGAGUCUGCGCGAUCCUCUUUUUCGUCCCUGGAAAGCGCCUGACAUCCCCGGCGUUCGCAGGCGAGAAAGAUCCCGCCUUUUGGGACUGGGCGUGGCCGUGGAGAUAUCACAAAAUGGGCUUUGAAUACCAAGAUCAAGUGGAGAAAGUCGUCGUGUCCGCUCUGCAUGUGAAUGCGUCGAACGAGUCCCUCCGCGAAGACGCCGUCGACGUGGGAGAGCAGAUGAUGGGCGUCCUCGAUCGCGCCAUCUCAGACUACAGCUGCGACACGUACAGAAUCUACAUCCACGCGACGGCCUAUGGCGGCCUCAUCGUGCGAUCUCUGAUGACGAUGGACGACAGAGUCUGGACAGAGAAUCACCUCGCAGACGAUGUCGCCCGGUUCCUGCUGGAUUUUCAUCGGACGCUGAACUCGAGUCUCUUUGUCCUCGAGUCGACGGUUUUCGUGGGCGUGCCGCACUCCGGGCCCCGCCGCACGCUGGGUCUGAAGUCGCGCGUUUUGUCGCUUUUCAGCAGGUGGUUCUUGAAAGCCGCUUCGUACGUCGUGGAUGGCCUUUCCGAUGCGCUUCUCGAGUUUAUGCAUGAAGACGCCGAGCGCGUCUUCUGUCAGCUCGCGGCGGCGGAGGCGCAGCAAAAUUACGAAUUCGACCCCGUCGUGGGGUCGUCGCGCGGCUCGCUGCUAAGAAGAUUCGGAGUCGUCGCCACGUACGGCCUGUUGAACGGGGACGCCAUUGCGGCCGCCCGCAGCAGCCUCGGAAUCUUCAACGACUUCAGCGAAUCCAAAGCUGCUCUCCUCGUCAGAGCGACCCCCGCCCUGCAGAAUCGGCCGUUGAGACUGUCUCUGGAGGACGCUCCGCUGAACAAGCUCUUACGAGAAAGUCCGGAGGAUCCACUGAUUCGCCGUCUGUUGACCUCGAAGGACAUCUGUCAGACCACAACCACGCCGGCGGAAACCUAUGCCCUGACUUUGCAGCUCCUUCAAAUCACUGGGCGCGCGACCGCCAAGAGUGCAGCAGAGUACCCAGCGCGUGCGACUCUUGCAGAAGAGCUUCAUCGCGUGAAUAAAGAGUCGUCUGGCGUCGAUCGGUAUGUGGUGCUUCUCUCGCAAGAGGGAGCCGAGUCGACGCAGGUCUCCUCCAAGGGGAACAUGCAGGCUUUGUUCCCCGAGUUCCUUCGUGCAAAACCGGCUUUCCAGGAGCCCGACUGGCUGUUGGGAAAACAGCACGCGCUGCUGUCACAUGUUGUGCAUAACGUCCUUUUCCUUCCUUUGAACGACAGCAGCCCCGUGGAUCGUUGGUGGUGGCAGGCGCCAACUGCCCAGUAG